UGGUCUAACCUUUUUCCCCGACCUGUCUCACCCAAACACCACCGUUUCUGUCACUCGGGAUAUAGUAUAUUUAAUGAAUAUGAUUCCACCUUAAAACGAAAGCCUCCAUUGACGAAGCUUAAAACAUACUUCACAGGCACAAGCAAUGGCUUUUUCCGACUUCAUGAUAAGAAGAUCAUCAAAGCUCCCUCGAAAGUGUUCCCUUUUUCACUACCCUAAUCCCCAAUUGAAGGCCUCUUCAUCCGCGGCUCGGCGGCCUCGUAUACACACCGAGUUAAACGAUUCCGCCAUAGCCAAACAACAGUACGGCGGUACGAUUUUGAACUACUGGCGUGCCGAGUGGCGGAACUCGGUGACUCGGACGAUGUCGCCUGCUCGGCGGUACCGGCAUUGUCCCGAGCAAGUGGCGCUGAUGACGAGCUCGAAAAACUUCACGUCGAGUUUGGGCGGCGAGUCGCGAGAGAAGGGAGGGGCAUUGGGGAUUCAAAAGACUACUAUUCGGGAAUCCAAACUGAAAAAUUCCUUGUUAUUAGCAUUACACAAAGUCAAGCUUCACUUAUUUGGCCAAUAUGAUUACUCUGAUAUGUGUGGAUGCUAUUUAUUAAUGUGGAAGAAGUUGCUCCGGGCACCUAAAAUUGUACUAUUUUACGGUGGUUUAUGUACCACCCUCUUUGACACUCAGUUGAAGAGGAUUCCUUAUUCCAACCGAUACCAUUUGCUUCCUACACGGUUUGGUUCGUUCGGACGUGCCACGUUAGAGGAUUUGGAGGAGUCCUACAAAGGUUUCAUUCUCCCUCCAAACAGCCCUCAAACCGUUUGUGUGAAGUCGAUAUUGGAGGAGAUAGUUCAAGCAAUGCACAGCGGAUUAAGGCUGCCUGACAGCGGAAAACGGUGUACAAGAUUCGAUACAGAGCACUUGGAUGGAAUGAAAUGGGAAGUGAUGGUGGUGGAUACAAAAGAUGAUGGAGUUGAUGAUGUCUGGUGUUUCACUAAUGGUACCCUUGUGGUGACUAAUAGUCUUCUUGAAAAACUCCAAUCCGAUGCAGUGGUAGCAGCCAGCCUUGGGCAUGAGGUUGGGCAUGUGGUAGCUCGGCAUAUCUUAGAACAUUUAUCGAGGUGUCUACAUAUUGUCGGUACCCUGCCACUGCUCAUGUUCAUACCCUACUCUGAAGUACCGCUCGCCCUUGUGUUUAGCUUUAUCUCCCGGCGGCAUGAAAUGGAAGCAGACUACAUCGGGUUGAUGUUAAUGGCCUCAGCUGGGUAUAACCCACAGUUGGCACCACCACUUUGUGAGUACUUUGCAUGACCAAUAUCCACCCUUAGGUGGUUUAUUUGCUAGUCUAUUCUUAAGUCAUCCAUCUUGGCGUAAGAGAGCAAAGAAGCUGAAGGAACCUAAGGUGAUGGAACAAGCUGUGGCCAUAUACAAGGAAGUCAAAAGUGGCCUUGGGGUCAGAAGUUUCAUUUAGGAUACGCUAUUUCUUACAAUUGAAGAAGAGUACAUGCAUCUGAUUGGCAUACGCCUAGUUUCAAGCAAAGGAGCAAAUGCCAUUUGUGUAGUUUUCUCCUUUCUUUUUUUGAAGAGGGGUUUAGGGAUGUAGUUAGGAGAGUGUUUUUUCUUAACCUUCCUCAGGAAGGAAUUAGGCUAUCCAAAUUGAAGCCAAGCACCACAGCUGGUAUGGAGGUGCCUCAUCCACUGGGACCCCACGGUUUGUCUUUGGUAGUCAGGAAGAAGCAAAGCAUAUUUUUUUUUCCUGUCAUUGUAGUGGAGGGUUUGUGUCUAUCAGCUACUUACGGUUGGGUUUCUUGUGUCGCUAAUUUUUAGGUACUUCGUUGUGACUUUCUUAUAUGGGCGUGUCUUGAUUGUUGAGAUUCAUUAGAGAAAUCCAUAUGGUCACAUCUUGACAAGUUUGAUCUAUCGGCUAAUCAGUUCCAAAUUUUCAAUUGGUGAAAUAAAUAUAGCAGUUUUUGCUUGUGUACGUACAUACCAUCAUGAUUCCAUAUUGAUAAACGAAUAUUAGUGGCAUGGCAGAAAUUGAGAAUAGUUUUGCGGAAAUUGGGAGUAGUUUAUAGACAAACAGUAUUUACCUGUAGUGUUGAGGCUUGAGACCUGGGACCCGGGAGCUAAGAUGG